AGGGCCUUGUUUAUACUCAGUAACCGCUCUGAGCUAUGUCCCCAGCGCACUUUUUACUUUUAUUUUGACAUGGGGGUCUUACUAAAGUGCUCAAGCUGGCGAUGAACUCUCUUUGUAGCCCAGGCAGCCCUAGACCAUCCUCCUGCCUGGCUUAGAGCUGAAAUUUCAGCUAGGACCUGUGGCUUAACUCGUUCCGUCUUCUAGAAGAUUUUGGACUUACUUCCUUUUCUCUAAGCAGUAACCCAGUUAGCCCAAAGCUAUCACACACGGCUACGCUCUGCUCAAGCCAAAUGAGCUCUGGGAUGAACCGCUGUGCACCGGCUCCCAUUCUGAAACCUCACCCCCCAAGGUCGGCGCACCAAAAGCCCACUUGGUGAGCCAGCUCUGUUUAACUCGGUUCAUACUUGGACAACUCUUGAGGAGUACGAACUGGAGUUUUUCGAUCUGUUGGUUCUCAAGUUCAUUCCUGCCUCUCAGAGUGCUAGUCUAAAGCUACAGCCUAAGCAAGACCCGAGAAGCUCGCCCGAAACUGAACCAGGAGUCAUGGAAGCCAAGCCCAAGCUCUACUACUUUCAGGGCAGAGGCAGGAUGGAGUCCAUCCGCUGGCUGCUGGCUGCGGCGGGAGUGGAGUUUGAAGAAGAAUUUCUGGAGACAAGAGAACAAUAUGAGAAGUUGCUAAAAGAUGGCCGUCUGCUUUUUGAUCAAGUCCCUUUGGUUGAGAUUGAUGGAAUGCCGCUGACACAGUCUAGAGCCAUCCUCAGCUACCUCGCUGCCAAGUACAACUUGUACGGGAAGGACCUGAAGGAGAGACUCAGGAUUGACAUGUAUACUGAUGGCACCCUGGACCUGAUGAUAAUGAUUGCCCAGGCUGCAUUUAAACCCCCGAAGGAAAAAGAGGAGAGCUAUGCUUUAAUAGUGAAGAGAGCUAAAACCCGUUACUUCCCUGUCUUUGAGAAGAUUUUGAAAGACCACGGGGAGGAUUUUCUUGUUGGCAACCGGUUCAGCUGGGCAGACAUACAGCUGUUAGAAGCCAUUUUGAUGGUGGAGGAACUCAGCGCUCCCAUUCUGUCUGACUUCCCUCUGCUGCAGGCAUUUAAGACAAGAAUCAGCAACAUUCCUACAAUUCAGAAGUUUCUGCAACCCGGGAGUCAGAGGAAGCCACCUCCAGAUGACCACUAUGUUGAGGUGGUCAGGAACGUUCUGAAGUUCUAGUGGCAGCAGGCCUUAAGGUGGCCACAGCGAGUAUCCAAUUGCAGCGUCACCGUAGGCCAGCCACAGAGCAUUCCAAAGCAAGGUAUAGAUCCCAGGAGGCUUCGAGAAGAAAAACCCCUCUGCUAUCAACGACACAUGCCAAUUAAAUAUGGUGAAAAAUU